AUGUCGAGCAUUUACGCCGAGAAGAAACCAAGCGAUCGGUCCAGGUGGAUAUGCAUAUACCCAGCGUAUUUGAAUAAUAAAAAAACGUUAGCCGAGGGACGUAUUGUACCGAAAAAAUUUGCUGUGGAAAAUCCAACUUACCAAGAGAUUCUCGAAGUUGUCAAGGCAUCCGGUUUCAAUGCCGAAGUUGAAAACAAGCAGUAUUCCCGUGAAUGUAGUAAGGAAUGGCACUUCCGUGGUCGGAUACGGGUGCAACUUAAGAAUGAUGAUGGAACACCUUUCAACCAAACGUUUCCUUCGAGAGAGAGUUUGAUGAAACAUUGUGGUGUACAGAUACCAAAACUAAAAAGUCGUACUAUGAAAGUACCUGGCCCUGAGCAACAAAACAAAAAUGAACCUAGUGGAAGCAAAAAGAAAAAAGGCCGUAAAUAG